AUGGGAAAACAUAAAUCAUCAAAAACUCUAAAGACGCCAAUUAAUAUCGAACCCUCAUGGAUUAAUUUGGUCUACGACUAUACGUCCAAUCAUGAUCCAGAAGAAUUACACGAGAGCAUAAGUAAAGUCAAAGCAUUACUUGACGACUCCAAGGCUACUUGGGAGCAACAAUGUCAAUACUUGAAAGAUAUUGAAAAAUUCUUGCCUUCAAAGAAGUCCAAGUGCAAUCCUGAUUCAACGGUUACAGCUCCAUCUGCCAAUUACUUAAAUCAGAUUGAGUUUAUCGUCGAGCCGAUAAUCUCCGAGAUCUAUUUUAAGUCAGCGGAUCCGUUGACAAAAAGACAUUGCAUUCCGAUAUUAGAUUCGUGUUAUAUUAUUUCUUCCAAAUCACGGGUUUCUGAUGAUGUCUUAAAGAGAUCGAAUAAAACUAUUGCGAGCUUUACGAGGGAAUAUUCCAAUUAUAUUUCGAAUGAGUAUUAUUCGGAACAAUCAUUUUAUCAAAAGGCAACGACCAUAUAUUUAACAUUGGAUUUUCCGAUUGGGUUUUCCGCCGUUAGAGAAAAUCUAUUUGAUACCAUCUUUUUCUUAGUGGAAUGCCUAACAAGUAUUAUUCAGCGUGUAAACAUAGAAAAAAAGGUUCGAAAAGAAUCUUCGUUAGUUGGUUCUAUGUCUGUAAAGCUUUCACAUCAGAUGAGCGAUUCUCAACAUGUGAUAAAAUCGAUUGUAGCAUUACUAUCCAGAUUUCAAGAACAAUUACGAUUUAAAUUCGAGAAUGUUGGAGAAAGAUACAGUAAUCCUCACAGUAAUCCGGAUGAUUCUAAAAUGGAAGCAAUGAUUUGUAAUUUACUUAACGGAUGCCUCGUUAUAUGCUCGGAUGAUAUUUAUAUUAAAGAUGUUAGACAACUUUCAGGAAUGGCUUUGGCUGCAACAUUUAACCUGCUUGGUUCACAAAGCUUUAUUAGCAAACAGAUAGUAGAUCAACUCUUCAAAGUUCAGAAUGACCCGCAAGGACGUGAUAUAUACAUAUUAAAUAGGAUGGGGAUCAAAGUUCCUGAUUCAUUAAUUGAUGAGCGUGGAUGGGCUGAUGAUGAACCUUUGAUGCUAGCUGUUUCUCGAGGACUACUUUCGAAUUUAUCAAGGUCAAUAUUGGCAUAUCCAAUAUCUCUGGAGUGCGAGACAGCGGUUGCAGCUUUAAGCGCACAAACAAAAGUUGUGGCGUUUGAGACAAUGGGAAUUUGGCUCGAAGAAGCAGAAAAUUUAUUAAAUGAUCCUCAUAGUAAUGAACAAAGUACCAAGGAUAUAAAGUCAAUAUUUUCUCCAGAUAUAUUGGAAAAGCUGAUGUUAUAUGUUUGGAACAAUUGGGAUGAUCCUGUUGAUGCUAUUCAAUACAAGUCAUCCGCGAAUAGGAUCCUGAAAGUCGAUGGACAAGUUUAUGGGUUAAUCAUGUUUGUAAAGCCGGCGUCAUUUUGGAGGUUAUUAGAGAUACUACAAAAUGAAAAUAACUUGAAAAAAUUUGUUGAAGAUGAACAACAUAGUUUAAAUGCUUUGAUGUUAAUAAUCAAGAUUGCCAGAUCUUUGGACAUAUUUGAUAGCGGAAAGUUCAUCGAUGAUUCUUCCAGUAACGAGAAAUAUAAUGAUAAAAUUCGCGUACAAUCCCUUCAGGAUGCUAUUUACCAUCUAGACUCGAGUAUUCGUAUUGACGUUCUCGGUCUUAUUUGCGAAUCACAGAAGUCGACCACUGAAGUGACAUUAAUUGAACUUUCCCUUCUAAAAUCUUUUUUCCGGAUGAACCUCAAUUCAACCUCCCCAGAAUUUCGGCAAAAGCUUUAUGGUCAUUUGAAUAAAUUGUUCGUGAGGCUUCGAGGGAAUUUAUAUGCCUUACAGAGGGAUUCUAAUUCUUUAUUAGCGUAUGUCGAAAAAAAUAAGGAUAAACAGAAGGUCAAAAAGGCCGAGUCAGAGUCCAAACUAUUACUUGACAAGAUAAACGAUGUACGUGAAUUUUUAAACUGGUUGGUUAAGUUUCUCGCGGCCUCUUUAUAUCCUGGGGCAUCAUUCCAACGCGUCUCUUGCGCGUUAAGAAUAUUUUCUACAUUAGUUAAAACAUUUGGAGUUAAUAAUACACCACUUCCUGAUGGAUUCAUGGAAAAUAGUAUGACAUUACCUUUUAAACUUCCAAUGGCGACUCCGACGAACGUCAAACUAAUUUUAAACUGCUUGAUGAACCCGUUCGAUGAGAAUCGGACGCUUGCUUACGAAAUACUGAAUAUGUUUCCUUCUCCACUACCUGGAAUUGAAUUGCCCGAACAAGUUCAAGAAAUUUUGUUUUGGGCUUUAGAUUCAAUGACAAGUGCAAGGGCUAGUGAAAGUAAUAGUGGUGCUACGAUCUUUAGACUGGUGUUUACAAAAUAUGUCAUUGGAUUGGAGUUUGAAUUGAACGUGGAGCUGGUGGAUAAUAAUUCCUCGCAGAAACAUUGCUUAGAUGAUGGUGUUGUACCCGCCGGUAAGAACUUGAGAAAGUUAUUGGAACUCUUAAAUAAACAGAUUAAUGUGGCAUCUGAUAAUUUACUUCAGGCUUCUCAAAAACACCCAAUGCAUGGGACUCUCAUUGCAUUGCAACACAUCUUUCGAGAAAUCGAUUAUAAUUCUGACUGUGUGAAGUCAAACUGGGUUAAAUGGCUCGAGAAUCAUGACCGCGCAAUUGGGUUAAUUAGCGAGGUCUGUCGAGUGGUUUUGGAGGUAUUGUCGAAUCCAUCACCCGAAGGGAAUGUCCCGGCGUCAUUUCAAGAAAUGGAAGGGUUUAUUAAUGAAUUGGUAGCGAGUUCCGAGGAUUUUGACGAUGAUGGAAAGGAAGGGCCUAUUAAUCAAGUGAUAUUAAGUUUCUGCUGGCGAGCUGUUAAAGAAGCAAGGUAA